GUGUGUUGCAGCUGGCAUUGACUGCCUUUAACACGCGCUGAAGGGGCGCCCCAUUCUAAUAAAAGGGGCGGGCACACCACACUAAUUAGCCGGUCGGGAGCUCAGUUUCUCCGCAAUCUGGCGGCCAGUUAGUGUCUCCUGCACGUGAGUUGGGUGCUGGUCGUGCAAUGACGCGCCUGCGCUGUAUUAGUCGCUGUCAAAACUAAAGCAGAAAGUAAUCAGCAGACGGAUAGAGACAAACUGCUUCUUCACUUCAGACUGGAAGCAAAACUGUAAAGCUGUGAGACGCGACAAAAUUGACAGCUAUCCCGAGCUAGGACAGGAGUUGUAACACAGGCGCUUAGCAAUGGAUGAAGGGCUAUCUCGAUUGCAGGAAAGGCAACUGACUGAACAUUCAGAUUUCUUUGGAAUGGAAUAUCCUUCAUUGUACCUGUGCAAACCUAAAAGAGGUAUGAAGCGCGACGACAGCAAGGAAGCGUACAAACUACCACACAGACUGAUAGAAAAAAAGAGACGUGAUAGAAUAAAUGAGUGCAUCGCACAGCUGAAAGACUUGUUACCUGAGCACUUGAAAUUAACGACUUUAGGGCAUCUAGAAAAGGCUGUUGUCCUGGAGUUAACUCUGAAACACCUGAAGGCAUUGACAGCUUUAACAGAACAACAACAUCAGAAGAUUAUUGCUUUACAGAAUGGGACCCGAUCAGUAAAUUUGCCCAUGGAGGCAAAUUUGGAAGUAUUCCAUUCCGGGUUUCAUGCUUGUGCCAAGGAAGUCUUGCAGUACCUUUCCAGGUUUGAAAGCUGGACUCCCAGGGAGCAGAGGUGUGCUCAGCUUAUAAACCACUUGCACAACGCUUCUACUCAGGUUUUGCAGGACACGCAAAUUUUAGCUCACAUUCCUGUUGGGAAACGAACUGCCUCUGCAAGGGAUCUCUGUGACCAGAAAGUUAAUCAAAGCAAUUGUGUACCUGUGAUUCAGAGGACGCAUAACGUGGAGCAAAACGAGAAUGAUACGGAUACAGACAGUGGAUAUGGGGGCGAGGCUGACAAGACUGAUGGCAAGGUGGAGACGGACUGCAAGCUAAUUAGAGACCACGAUGCUCCCUCUGUCAGAGUCAAACUGGAGCCUGAUGAUCAUCCUAUCCCAAAAAGGAUGAAAGUAGAUCCCUGUGAGAGUGCAAUCGCUAACCACGACCAGGUCAGUGUACCAGAAGGAGCAGUUAUUGGUUCCUUAAUGGGAUUCGGAAGUGUUCCCUUUGGACAGCAAACUCCGUUUUGUUUGCCCUUCUACUUCAUUUCUCCUUCUGCUGCUGCAGCCUAUAUGCCUUUUCUUGACAAAAACAACUUAGAGAAGUAUCUCUGUCCAGCACCAACCCCGUUUCCUUUGAUUUACCCAGGAAUACCAACUAAUGCUGCUUUCCCCGGUCUUUCUCUUUUCUCGUCAGAGAAAGCAUGUGCAGCAGCAAGCCUUCUGUCACAGAGUUUACCUUCCUGCUUUGCAACAGAAACUGUCACUUGUAUGGAUGCAGGACUAAGUGGCUUAGACGAUGCAAAUUCCACACAGGAGUCACUGGAAUCUGGUGGUGAUAGCACCUAAGGAUUGUAGUUGGUUGUGGUUUUCCCCUCUCAAGCUGUGACACAAUAGUAACUUUUGUAAGAAUGUGACGUUUUUCGCUGAAAUGUACUUUAUGUUGCUCAUUUAUUUUUCUGUUUGCGCAGACAUACUUAAUACUUUUGCGUUUUUUUUUACUUGUGUAUGUCAGAUUGAUUUGCUACGUGGUCUCACAAGCUGCACUGUAUGUAUUGUUCAUGUUAGCGAUACACCAUAUGGCCCCUUUGAAAGGGGGUAAAGAACCAGCUCAUAUCCCCGGAUUAGCUGUAUAUAUAUAUGCUUGCGUGUGACAGACUGCUGAAACAGGGUGUGCUGACUGUGGUUUGAAUGGACCUCUUUCAUUUUUACUUGCAAGAGGUGUACUAGUUUGCUUGGAGAUUAUGAAUAAUGUUUAAGAGGUUUAGGGCUGCCCUGGCGCCCUUUUUUACUGAAACAUAUUUUUACACAAAUUUGUUAGAUGAAAACGUCUUUUGGGCUUAGACCUUUCUAAUCAAAGACUAGAACUUUUGUCACUUCUAUGGUACUUACAGUUCCUUAAAAGCACUUUUGUUUACACUGGAACGUUCCUGAGUUCCGUUAGCCCUUUACCACUGUGCUACUGGGUUAAUUUAGACCGGUUACCGGUCCUGGUUUUUAUUUUUAUUUAUUUGGAGAAGAGGCUACUGAUGGAUGGGUGUGGCAAUUCUUAUUUAUUAAGACCCAUAUUCGGUUCUGAUAUAAUAUGUAGAUUCCUGUUAUGAAAACAAAGUAUUUACUUACGUUACAGAAUGAACGAGAUUUCAGAUUUUAUAAGUUUAGAUAUUUUAACAUGUUGCCUUGGUAGCACUGUGAGAAUUUGCACUUGAAUGAAAAAGAAGCAGUGAGGCAGGAUAGGUUAGCUGACUUAUUUGAAACAUUAAACUCAGUUUUGUAUAUGUGCUGCUUUCGCUGCUGUCUGCCUCCUACGCUGUUUAAACGACUUUUGAUCUGUUUGUAUAGUGGCCUAUACAUAAUAGCUUUGUGUAAAUAUUUGUGAAUACACAUAAUGAAUGAAUGUCUGAUAUGCUAUUUUUGUAGGGAUUGUUGUAAACGACAAUAACAGAAAAUAAUUCUUUUCCAAGAAUUUGCUUUAAAGUAUUGCACUUUCUGUUAAUACAGCUUGGUAUAAAUUAUCGUCAUUAUAAACUGUACGUAAAAUCAUUUCGGGUUGCACUUCGAAAUUUUACAUUGUCAUUUUGUAUCCAUGACUAGAAAUAAAAGUAGAUGUUUUGGAAA